GGUUCCUGCUACAUCGACAUACGGCUGCAUACAGAAGCCAAUGUGAGGAUCAGCUCCCUAAACUUGUACCCACAUAGGAUGAUCGGCUUUUGAGCCGAGGAAUAUUUCAAAUACUGUACCUCAGUGACCGUCCAUUUUUGGAAGCCCGACAUUCCGAUGACAGGCGGUGAUAGUUCAGGUCUCGGGAUCCGAUCGGGAACACCCGUGGUCAAGAGCUGGGUCGAGGAACCCUAGUCUGUAUGAGGAAUAUGCACGGCGGUUAAGGCCAGACAAGUGCUGAAAUAUGGAGCAACGAUGAUGACCGUUGUGGGAGUGCUGAGGAACCCAACCCGAAGGAAAGAAUCGAUAGUCGGGAAUCUGAGGGGGGCAGUCUUCGGCGGCACUCUCGGUUGCCAAGCCAGUCCCCGCACGAACCGCAUCGAACACUUUUCUGGUUCUUCCCCUUUAGCGUUAGGGAGCUCAUGGCUAGUGGAGUUGGGGUGGCUACUCUUACUGGCAGGCUGGCUGGCACAGGCUAUCUAUCUACAGCAUCGGGCCACGACUCCGUUCUCCGUGCCAAAUUGGUCGGUACUUUCACCGGCGGGUAACCUGGUUCAGGUGCCACCGGUGCUAGCUACGAGUCUGGACCAAGGAAACCGCAGCGGUUUCAGCUGAAGCUCGGUCGCCGCUCGUCGUGCCAAGAAAUAGACAUAGU